AUGACGCAAUCCGUGUCGUUGGAAGUAUUGGGGAAUGUUGAAAAUAAUUCAUGGAAGCUGUACACCGACGGAGCGGCUAGCUCCGACGGCUGUGGGGCCAGACUCAUGUUAACUAGCCCAGAAGAAAAAGAAUUUACCUAUGCGUUAAGAUUUGAGUUCGAGGUAACCAAUAACGAAGCUGAGUAUGAGGCAUUACUAGCAGGCCUUCGCAUCGUAAGAGAUAUGAAGAUACGAAACAUACAAGUGUACGUCGACUCCCAACUGGUAGCAUGCCAAGUCAAAGGAGCGUACGAAGCUAAGCAAGGUACUACAAAGUUAUACCUACAGAAGGUACAGGAGUUAAUAGAAUAUUUCAGUCACUUUGAAAUUGAGCAUAUAAGAAGAAAUCAGAAUAAAAAGGCAGAUGCCUUGAGCAAGCUAGCUUCCCUCACGUUCGGCCACUUAGGGAAACAAGUAUUGGUAGAAGUCCCGAAAGAAAGGUCGAUCGAAGAAAGACAAGUGUCAGAUCUCGUGGAAGAAGAAGGCACCACGUGGAUGACCCCCAUCUACGAGUAUUUAAUCAGUGGGAUACUCCCAGUAGACAAGGACGGAGCCCGAAAGACAAGGGUCAAGGCCCCAUAA